AUGUCAUCACAAAGAAAACUCAAUGGAUACUUGGAACGCAAAGAUUCACUAAUAACCCAAUACCGAAAUCUCAAAUCUGAAUUCACUCCUGCUCAACAAGCCUUAUUCUAUAUCCUCAUCAAACUCGACGAACUAGUAUAUGAAUACCACGUGUGCAAAUCAUACUUGGAAACUCAACAACUCACUCAUAAACCACCAUUGGACAAUUUACAAGAAUCACAAACUAAACUCAAGACUAUUUAUGAAAAAAUUCGACAAAUUGAAGAUGAAAUUUAUUAUGAUGAAUUGAUUACAUCGGCUCCUAGAUUGAGUAUCAUACGGAAGGAAAUUACUGAGAAUGCUAGAGAAGCGGGCAAGAUUAUUCAUAGUUACGAAGUUAUGAAUCCGAAACUGACUUGCCAUUUGUUGGAUAAUCGGGUAUAUGAGUUGAAGCCUAGAGCGAGUCCGAAAUUGAAACAAGAAGGGAAGUCGUGA